CCCACUUUUGAUAGAUAUGUACACACUUUGAUGGAAAAAGAGAGAAAAAAUUAGGGCCACAAAGAGGUUGCAAACAUAUUUGAUAAAUUCAAAUUGAAUUGACUGCUCGGCGACGAGGCCAUUUAGAUAAAAACGCGCCACGCACUGUGCCGAAACCAAUUUUGGUAAGAAUCGUCGCAUCAAUUAACUACGGGCGCCGUUAGGGAAAGCAGGACAAAUGGCGGAAAACGGAAUGCGUGUGGGCCCAGGGUCAUCGUCGGCGGCAGCAGCGGCGGCGGCGGCAGCAGCAGUCAGUGUAAAUGCAGGUGCCAGCAAUGGUGAGCAUGAGAAUGAACAACACAAUGCGACGACUGCUUCUGGUGAGAACGAGAAGACUCAACCGGCGCGCCUAAAUGAGUCGGCUCAGAAAUAUAUGCAGGAACUGAUGAGCGAACGAUCGCGCAUGGAGAAUCAGUUUCCAUUGGCCGUAAAACUAAUUGACGAAGCUUUGGAGCGAGUUCAGCUAAAUGGUCGCAUACCAACGAGAGAUCAAUAUGCCGAUGUGUAUCAGCAGCGAACGAUCAAAUUGUCGCAGAAGGUGCACGUGCCUAUCAAGGAUAAGAAAUUCAACUAUGUUGGCAAACUGCUUGGCCCCAAGGGCAACUCCCUGCGCCGGCUGCAGGAGGAAACGCAGUGUAAAAUCGUCAUACUCGGCCGCUUCUCCAUGAAGGAUCGUGCCCGCGAGGAGGAGCUGCGCAACUCAGCGGACGCCAAAUAUGCCCACCUGAAUCUUCCGCUCCACGUUGAGGUGUCGACAAUUGCGCCACCCGCCGAGGCCUAUGCCCGUGUUGCCUACGCCCUGGCCGAGAUUAGGCGCUAUUUAAUACCCGACAAGCACGAUGACAUACGUCAGGAGCAGUACAGGGAGCUUAUGGAGGAUCCGGAGGCUGCUAAGAAGUUGACACUGCGCCAGUUGCAGCAGCAACAACAACAGCAGCAGCAACAACAACAGCAUCAGCAGCAACAACAACAAUCAGCUGCUGCUGGUGGCAAUGGCAAUGGAAACAACCGUUCUGGAGGCAACUACAGACAAAAGUUUCAGCAGCAAUCGCACUAUCAUCACAACGACGAGACUGUCUAUUAUCGUUCACACAACACACACAAUAACACUUACCACCAGCCAAAGCCCUAUGUGCCAGCUGCCCAGAGGGGCAACGCCAUGCAUACUACAUUGCCGCCGCAGGCAAUUGUUCGGGCAUCGCCGCCCGGCAUGGUGGUGAGUGCGGCCAGUUUUAAUGGACGCAAUGCCGGCAUGGGAAAUGCCGGCGGUGGCAUCAUGACGAACAGCAUUGUGGCUGCCGCGGGAGGCGGUAUUGGUGGCGCUGUGCCGCCCAUACGACACUAUCGCCCUGCCGCCCCCUAUCAAUUUGUCAAGAAAUAAUACAGAAGCAAUGCUGCACCGACUGCCGCUCGCUGUUUGUUCACCAUAUUGUCAUCGUCAUCAUUAACUCAUCCAAAUGCAUGCCCCGCCUAGCAAAUGUUGCAUACAUACCAUGUUUAAUGCAUCUGCAUGCGACGCCAUCUGAUUUGGGCUUUGAUCAUCGAUUUAGGUGCAAGCCAAAUCACUCACACAACAUACACACACACACACACUGCUCCAAAGGUAGAUGUAAUAAUUAUAAAUACAAAACACACAUACACAUUGACUUGUAACACGAUUUGGAAAAGUGAAAAACCAACAGAUAAAAAACCAAAACUGAUCGAAACGAAAAACUAAAAAACAAAAUGAGUAAUGAGAAUGUACGUAUAAGAAACUAGCCUAAGUAGACGAAUGCUCCAAAUGAACAGACACCACACACACACACACACAAUACACCAUACACACACUGCACACUAUAAACACCAAUACUAAGAUUGGACUUUCGAUUGAAAGAGGACACUCGUUAGAUGCCAUUUGCUAUGAUUAACUGUUUCCCUCAAUUCAUUCUUUUGAGCUGUGUGUUGGGCUCUGCGAGCAUUUUGUGAAUUGGUCAUUCAGACGGACCCCAAGGUGUCUUGAGUUUUUAAAUUUGUUUUGUUUUAUUUAAUAAUAAUCACACCUGACGCAUUUCAUUUCAUAUUUAUACAUAUAAUACUAUAACAUAUUUAGUGCAUACGUACGAAUCAACUUGAAAUAUUUACUCUCAUUCUACAAUCAAUAUUUUAAUUUCUUUCGUUAAUGAUGAGGAGGCUUUUUAAUUUGUUACGUUGCACAAUCGAAAAAACUGCAAAUAUUUUGUAUUUUCUCUUUAAUUUUUUUUGUAUUUAUGAUUUUGAAUGAUUUGUAUUUGCGUGUAGUUGAAUAUGAUGUAUCACAUCCACACCGAGGCACAUACAAAACAAAAACAUAUACCUACAUACAUAUAAUCAAGCAUACAAUACAUAUUUACAUAAAUAUAAACCAAAAACAAAAAAAACAAGAAAAGGCAAAAAAAUAAAUAAUGCAAACAUGAAUCUACACAUAUAUCGGCGAAAGCCCGAUCAUAUGACUACGAUAAUACAGCAUCAAAUAGCUUAGCAUUAUCACAUCAUACAAAAAUAAAUUAAAAAUCAAGAAAAUUAACUCCACAGAAAAGCAAAUAAUAUGAAAACGAAAAUACAUACAUAUAAAAAUACAUUUAAUGAAAAACAUGAUAAGAAAGAAUGCAAACCCACACAUUAUUGUUAUUGUUGUUGAAAGCAACUAAAAUUGUAAUAGAAUUAUGCAAAUAUACAUACAAAAUAUGAUGACAAUGUUAAAUUGCAGCUUAGUUAUUAUUUGUGAACGAGACGCAAGAUAAACCUACUAUUUAUACUUAUACUUUUCAACUUCCGCACACCAAAAAAUAUUGCCUAAGAUACGAUUUGCAUACCUCGAAGCUCGAAGUAUCGAAAAUCGUUUUUUGUUUAUGCAUUUCCCUAAACAAAUGAAAACAAACCAAUCCUAACUAUCAUUGUAUGUCGUAAGCACUCACAACAUGUGUGAGAUCUUUUUUUUGGUACUGUGUGUUCAGCGAGCUUCUGAAGCGCUAAAAACAUAAAAUUUCUAUUCAUUUGAUGCAUACAAACAUCAACACAUAAAGAAAGAAAACACACAUUUAUGCAUAACACACACACAUUAUAUUUUACAGUGCAUUAUUAUAUAUUGCUGAUUAUCGUUAAAUAAAUUCCCAAUUUGAAUUGAAUAUAUGUUGAAUAAAC